UGGCUGCUCUUGUUUAAGGCAUACUGUAAUGAGUGCAGGUGAAUUUUUGACAGUGGAUAUGUGGGAUAUACUCUGUUUGCAUUUGAAGCGAGCUUGCAAGGUCAGCCUACACAGUGUUAAGCAACUGAUGGUUUGUUUUCAUGUUGAUUCAGAUAAUUUUUACGGUGAUGUCGGGGAAGUGAAAGUGGCUGCUCGAAAAGAUUGUAGUUUGCAAGAAUGUGAACGACUGAGACAACUGUCACACCAGGUGUUUCUUCUUGAGUGUCAACAGAGUAGUGUAAUUGUGAAACCCCACUGUGCUGCAGAUGAUGAUCGGUCUUAUACCUUUUUACUUUUUCCUCCUGGUUACACUCAAAAUGAUCCUGACUCUGCUGUGAUAAGGUAUAUCAGCUCAUGUUGUGAAAAAAUUGAGAAUACCUUUUUUUUUUCUCUACAAUAAAAUUUUCCAGGAACGAAAAACAUAUAAUUCCUUAAAUAUUGAUGGUGAAGAGAACUGGUUGAUUAGACAAUUGUUAACACGAAAUCGCCCCUACAGUUUACUCACAAAUAUUUAGAAACUAAUGUGUUGUAUUGAGACCGGGAGAGCCUGGUUGGCAGGACGCAGGAUUCA